CAACGAGUGGAACGAAGGCUAGAUUAACGGGGAAUGGCUGCACUCAAUGCUGUGGCCAUCGUCGCCAACGUCCUAGUGCCCGGGGCCGGCUUGGUGAUCCAAAAUCUGCCCCAGAUCGCAUCUUUUCUCGCCGGGAUCAACGGCAAAUGCGAUCAACUGUCGGUGAACGAAGCCCAUUUUCAGCGCGUGAGCGACCGCUUGCACGAGCUCCUGUCGCAGCUCACGGCGAUGGAAACCAAAGGCCAGCUGCCGUCCGUGCAAGUGGUCAAGCGGUACGCGGAGUUGCUCGAGUCUUUCGAUGCUUUUCUGACCAAGUACAUGGCGUCCAACUUUCUCGCGCGACUGCUCACCCAAGACACGGUGCUCAACAAGAUCACAGUGUUCCACCAAGAAGUGGACGAGCUGCUCGUGGUGCUCAACCUCGCGCACAUUGCGCAAAUGACCGAUUGGCGCGCCCAAUACGACGCCGACCAGCAAAUUGAAGGGGCCAAGUGGACGGCCUUGUUGCAGUCGAAUCGACUGCUCGUCGACGAAUGCUCGGACGCGCGCAAGCAACGCGAAGCCAUGAUGCGUCUCCUGCAUUCGAUGCAACACAGCAAUAACACGACUGGAGGUUCACAGAAGCAGCAGCGCCAGCUCGUGAAACAGGCGUUCCAGACCCUCCAGCGCCUCUCACACGCCCCCAUCGAAGCCGUCCCUCCGUGGUUCAUCCCCCCCGAAGACGUGAGCGUGAACCCCGUGGCGUUUGCGAGGGGGGCCACCGCCAGUGUCUUCCACGGCAUGUGGCGAACGCACACGCCAGUGGUCGUCAAGUGCUUCGACACUUCGUCCUCAUGCGAGCGCGAGCUCGACCUCUGGUUUGGGCUGCGGCAUCCCCAUGUGUUGACCCUCUAUGGUGCGUGCCACGUGGGCGCGCGGCCGUUUGCGCUGUGCGAAGUGGCCCGCGUCAGUCUCGACCAGUGUAUAGUGGAAUGUGAACAACCCCUCUCUCACGAGAAGCUGUCAAGAUGGUUGUGGGAAGCCGCCUUGGGCGUACAGCAUUUGCACGGCCAGAACGCCGUGCAUGGCGAUUUGAAGUGCAACAACCUGCUUGUGACCCACGACGGACAUGUGAAAGUCGCCGACUUUGGGUGCAGUUUUCACGUCCACCGGGGCGACCGACCGCCUCGAAGCAGCCCCACGAUGAAUGUAGGGGAAAACGAGUGUCAAGAAGAAGGGGGGUUGCGGUGGACGGCGCCGGAGUGUCUGACCAACAGCAGUCGGACCUUUGCCUCGGACGUUUACGCCCUCGGCCUGUGCUUUGUCGAAGCUGCGACUAGGAAUGUUCCGUUUCCAGAAUGCACCACCGAUGCCACGGUGAAGGACGCCAUUCGAAACAACCUUCUACCCGAUCUAAGUCGUGACAACGGGAUUUGCACUGCCUUGCACUCUCUGAUUGCAUCCAUGUGUUGUGCGGAUCCAUCGUCGAGACCGUCCAUUGCAACCGUUGUGGAUGCAUUGCAUGACAUCCUUCAGGCGGCUCCUCAGGCUGCCACGUGUUCCUACUGUGCGUCCAGUUUGUUGGCCACAGCACUCUUUUGCCACAGUUGCGGCUCGGUCGUCCAGAAGCCCUGCGAAGAUGCCCCCUCGACGCAUCUCGUAGAUCCGCUCCCUAGCCAAGCGCCGUCACUGCUCACUUCGGAAGGCUCUACUACUACACCCGUAGAAGUUGUCGUUCGAGAGUACGGGUAUGCACUCAAGAGCGUCACAGAAGAGGAUGCUACUGACGACACGAAAGACGACGCCUCCAAGCGCCGCCUCCAUCGGCAGUCGCUGCAUUUGUCGACGUCCGACGUCCAAUCGAUGGUAGCCAACGACGACGUCGACAGCCUUGUGAACCUACUGGUGCAUGGGCGUGGUCCCAUCCAAGAGCGAGCGCUCCAAGCACUGCACAACAUGACGUCCGAAGCUACGAAACUCGUCGCGAGCGGUGUGAUUGACCCGCUGGUCCACCUGACAACUCGAGGGGUGACGCCGACAUGCAAAGAGUUGGCAGCCGCCGUCCUGGGUCACUUGGCGUUUCGCAGCGCCGACAUAGCCGCAACGAUUCGAAACCAAGGCGGCGUGACUGCCCUGCUCAAACUAUUGCGACACGGUACGUUUGUUCAGCGGAGUUUUGCUCUGCGUGGCCUCGCGCACAUCACCGCCGUCGACGCAGCCUCGUGUGCGAUGGUCGUGGCAGACAAUGGUCUGGCAGCGGUCUACGACAUGUUGCGAGGGGGGUCUGGUCAACUUCUAGAACACGCGAUGUGGAUACUCGCGAAUCUGUCGGACGAAGCCGACGAUUUUGCCCUUGACGUGAGUGUACUCCCCCCCGUGGUGACGGAAGUGGAAGACAUGUCGUACGACCAACAGCACCACGCGCUGCGUCUGCUUGCGAAUUCCAUCGGGGUGUUGCCUCGGAAGAUAACGGUCAGUUUGAUCCCCGUGCUGGUGACCAUGCUGCGACGGCGCCAGCACACGCAUGUGUUGGUGCUGGCCCUGGCCACCGCUUCGUACAUCAGUGACGAAUUUGCGAUACAAGUGGUCGAAGCUGGCGCCGUCCCGCUGCUAUGGACGUUGUUUCAGCAGAAUCAACACCCCCAAGCGUGCCUUGUUGCGCUCAACAACGUCGCCAUCUCGGACGAUUGCCGGUGCCAGCUCAGCCGAAACCGCGGGUUGCAAUUGGGGCUUGGGUGUUUAGUGCAAAGUCAAGACCCAGCUAUCCACACCACCGCCCUGCACUUGUGUUUCAACUUAGCGCUUGAAGCCACAAACCGCGAAUGGAUGGUAGAGCUGGGGGGGGCGGGGGCGGUGCUUCAGCUGAUCCUUGCACGAGACGAUUUGGUGCUGCUCGGACUGGAAACACUCGCCCGGCUCACCCUUAUCACGUCCAGCAUCGACUCGUUUGUACCGAUUGUCGCUUGGGUUGUCCAGCAACUUGUUCCUCGACGUCGAGAUGGCACGCCGUUUGUCGAUCUCGCAUUGGAAUUGUUGCAGAACGCAAUAGCCACCACCCCCGGCCGAUGCGAAGAAGCGUUCUUGUCCGCUGGAGGGGUGGCCAUUCUGCUAAAGCUGCUGCCCAAAUGCACCUCCCAUCGCGUGUCGGCCGUGCUGGCUAAUGUAGCCACACGAGCAGAGACGGUGGCGACGAUUGCGAAGGAACCGGAAACUGUUCACAUUCUCGCCACAACUGCAGGCCCCCCUUCGUCCCAUCUAGAACGACUGCAUGCCCUUCGAUGUAUUGCCAACAUGACGUUCUUUGAACCAGGGGUCAUGGUGGGGGUAAAAGGGCGAGGGAUUCCUUUGAUGUUUGACCUCUUGGCCAAACCCCGAGGUGUAGUACAGGUGAUAUCUGUUGAUGAUGACGAUCUUGACGAUAUUGUUUUGAUACGUAGAGCCACAAGGGCGUCGGGCAGAGCUUCAGAUAUUGGCGCUGGCUAUUCUGUUUCACUUAGCCCACCAUCCGCAAUUCCAAACGUUGCUAAUAGACGACCCCGCUAUUAUUCGAAAGCUCAGGGCAUUCGCCACUCAAACCAAUCACCCAUCAUCGAAUGUCGCUCUGUCAACGCUACGGUUGUUGAAUGUGGGCACUACUACUACUGCCUUCCAUGCUCCGUUUUCAGCGACUUCCAUGUAUGCCGUGGCAGUAGCCAAACUCAAGCGAGCUGUUUUUGCAAGCAACCAAGACGAGGAAAAGCGAAUUGAGUCGUUGGCGACAGUGCUACCCCUCCUUCAACAUCCCAAAACUCGACGGACAGCAUUAGAUGUCUUGACUCAGCAAAUUCCUCACGGGAUUAAACCCGAAGAUAUCGUGGCGUCGGAAGAAGCGUUCGAGACCAUACUCGCAGCUCUUGGAGCGACACCCACUCGGCUGUCGGCGCUUCGAGUGGUGGCGUUGAUUGUCGAUCACAUGGACAGCAAGCUCCUUAGUCCAAGCUUACAUGAGCGAAUGCACGCCCCUCUGAUGUAUAUCACCAAACACGGGCGAAGCGAAGCCGAGCGUUCGAUGGCGAUGGAAGCUGUGAUGACGUUAGGAUGUCACGACGACCGAAAGAGCUCCGUCACGGACGACUUGGUCCCAGAGUCCAGAAGUCUCCUGGAUGAGUAAUAGAAAAUAAAAUAACCUGGGGG